UAGAAAAACCAAACCUUUGAACGUAUACUUGAUAUUCGUGACUUGUGCCACCUUUCGUUUUUGACACCAUGACACAAGUAGAAGAACCGCAGUUCUGGCAGGCAAUUGGAAUAUUGAUCAAAAACUAUCAUGCCUUGAAUAAAAAGAUAUUCGAAGUGGUAAUCACGAAAGUGGAGAAGCAGCAGGAUGGACAACUAAGUGAUUCCAGCGAAGAGGAACUGGGGAAGUGUCUCAAAGAGGACCCAAACCAUCGCACGUGCACUGGCUUUAAGAUUGGAUUCAAACUGCUGCCCAAGAAACUGCCGGAAAACAUCUUGGCCACCGGAACUGUAGACUUUGCAAAUUGUAAAUAUGAGUGCCAGUUUGCCAGCGAUGAUAUCGAAGACUUUUCGGUGCAGCUUCUUAAGGGAGAGCUUCUACUGAAUUCGAAACAGAACCAAAACUGGUUGGAAUAUGUGUUCAAACCGAAGCUCCUCAGCUGGUCCCAAUCGAAACAGGAUGAAUCAAAAGUGAAGUCAUUGGGCUUGGUGAAUGUGGAAAAGUACAAUGAUCUGUACAAGGAGUUGAAACGGAAGCAUUCCCAGCGACUUCUUGAGUACUGGAAAACCGCUCAAGAAUCCACGGAUCCGUUGAAGUUCAUCUACGAGGAUUUGGCCAUCGCCGCUUAUCUUAUUGUCCUAUGGAAUCAGACCCAAACAGAGCCCAAAGCUUUCGCGGAUUUGGGCUGCGGAAACGGGCUCCUAGUGCAUGUCCUCAAUGCCGAGGGCUACAAGGGAUAUGGUUACGAUAUAAGGAAGCGAAAGCUGUGGUCCCUCUAUCCGGAGGACACCCAGCAGAGCCUCAUCGAACAGGCAGUGGAGCCCAACAGCUUCCGCUUGGAUUUUCCAGAUGUAAAUUGGUUAAUUGGCAAUCACUCGGAUGAACUGUCUCCCUGGCUUCCGGUUUUGGCUGGCCGUUUGAGCACCAACUACUUCCUACUGCCCUGCUGCCCCUAUGAACUUUCGGGAGCCAAGUUCCGCAGACGAAACACCAAGAUUAGUGCCUACCAGGACUUUUUCAAAUACGUCACCCAGGUCUCUCAGGAGUGUGGCUUUGAGGUUCUACAAGACCGCCUAAAAAUACCCAGCACCAAACGCUUGGCUCUGCUGGGAAUCAAAAGGAACAGCACCAAGUCCAUUGCCGACUUGGAGUACUUUGUCCAAGAGGAGCUAGGAAAGUACAAAACAGGAGAAUUGGAAGUCAAACUGCGAGAGAAGGAGGAAAGCGUUCGCAACUGCACGCAGGUGGACAGAUCCAUCAUCGACGCUUUGGUGCUUAAGAUUUUUAAGCAGCUCCUCGCCUCCAACGACGAUAAAUGGUCAGGUCGCCUGCCCAUGCGAGAGAUUGCCAAGAGCCUCACUAAGGAAGAACUAAGUGGUAUUAAAUCCGAGUGCGGCGGCAUCAAAACUUUGCUGAGAAAUAAACACGAGGUAUUCGAGUUCUGCGGCGGGGAUCUCAUUGGGAUCAGAACUCCCAAGCCAACAGCUCUCCUCCAAUCCCGUCUGACAACCAAAAAGCGUAGUUGCUUCUUCAAGAUGCAUCACCCACUUGGAUGUCCUCUCGAGGAUGCAGAGUGCUCCUUCAUACACUAACCACGAUGGUUUUGUGUGUGGCCCAUGCUCACGUUUAUUGUUUGGAAUAUAAUAUAAAGAAAAGUGAAU